AUGAGAGCCAGGAGGCACCCGUCGCUGCUGCUGCUUCUAGUGCUGCUGCUGUGGCUGCUGCAGGUAGGAAGAGGGAACCAUUUCUUUCUUUCAGUAUCAGCUGAGGACAGGAAGCAGCACAGCGGGAGCCCUGAAGAUGGGCAGGUUUGUGAGGAUACAAGCUAUGUCAUCAGCCUUGGACAUGUAGGAUUUGAGUUGCCUGUGGGAGAUGCAAGUGGAAAUGUUGCCCAGAGACUUGGAAAAAGAGGAAAUACUCACGUAGCCCUUGCCAUCCUACGCACUUUGUGUGCGAGUGUCGGAAAGAGCUACCAGACUCUAUGGUGAUCCAAGAGAAGAUGGGUCAUCACCACCUUGGAGCUGGAGGAAGAAGACCCAGGACCCUUUCCCAAACUAAUUGGUGAGCUGUUCAAUAAUAUGUCUGAUAAUAUGUCACUAAUGUAUCUAAUCAGUGGACCUGGUGUGGAUGAUCCAGAGAUUGGUUUGUUUUCUCUAGAAGAUCAUGAGAAUGGAAGGAUAUAUGUUCACCGUCCUGUGGAUCGAGAAACAACACCAUCUUUCAUGGUUUAUUUUGAUGUUGUGGAUCGCUCAACAGGAAAAAUUGUGGAUAAAUCCUUAAUUUUCAACAUUAGGAUCAGUGAUGUGAAUGAUCAUGCACCCCAGUUUCCAGAGAAGGAAUUUAACAUCACUGUGCAAGAAAACCAAUCUGCAGGUCAACCUAUUUUUCAGAUGUUAGCAGUUGAUUUGGAUGAAGAAAACACUCCAAAUUCUCAAGUCCUUUACUUCCUUGUUUCUCAAACACCAUUACUAAAAGAAAGUGGUUUCUGGGUUGAUCAUGUUAGCAGAGAAAUAUAACUCUCUGGAUGCUUAGAUUAUGAGACUGCUCCUCAGUUUACACCGCUAAUCAGAGCCAGGGACUGUGGAGAACCGUCACUGUCAUCCAUGGCCACCGUUCAUGUGGGCGUGCAGGAAGUCAACAACCACAGGCCCGCAUUUACCCAAGAGAACAUGAGCCACCUGGGCUGCCCCGAUUAUGAGAUUCAGAUUCCUGAAGGCCGAUUCAGCCAGGGCGUGCUGCGUCUCCUGGUUCAAGAUCGAGAUUUUCCAUUUACAUCAGCUUGGAGGGUAAAGUUCAACAUCUUGCAUGGCAACGAAAAGGGACAUUUUGACAUUUCGACUGACCCUGAGACCAACGAAGGGAUAUUAAAUGUUAUCAAGCCUUUGGAUUAUGAGACUCGCCCAGUGCAAAGCCUCAUCAUUGCUGUGGAGAAUGAGGAGCAGAUUUUUUUCUGCAAGAGGGGAAAGCUUCAGCUGCCAAAGAAGUCCACAGCAAGUGCCACUGUGGGUGUGCAGAUGACAGAUGCCAACGACCCACCAGCCUUUCACCCCCAGAGCUUCAUUGUCAGUAAAGAGGAGGGCGCUGGGCCUGGGACCCUGUUGGGAACUUCUAAUGCUAUGGAUCCAGACAGCCAGAUAAGAUAUAAACUGGUUCAUGACCCAGCAAACUGGGUCAGUGUAGAUAAAAACUCUGGAGUGGUCAUCACUGUGGAGCCAAUUGACUGAGAAGCCCCUCCUGUAAAUGACAGUUUUUAUACGAUCAUUGUUCACGCUGUUGAUAAUGGCCUCCCACCGCAGACUGCUACAUAUUCAUAUUCGGGGACCCUAAUGCUCUUCCUGUCUGACAUCAAUGACAAUGUCCCGACUCUCCAGCCCCACUCCCGCUACGUGGAGGUCUGUGAGUCUGCCGUGCAUGAGCCCCUCCACAUUGAGGCAGAGGAUCCGGAUCUGGAGCCCUUGUCGGACCCAUUUACAUUUGAACUGGACAACACCUGGGGAAAUGCAGACGACACGUGGAAGUUGGGGAAAAAUUGGGAUCAGUCAGUUGAACUUUUAAUCUUGAGAAACCUGCCACGUGGUAAUUACUUGGUGCCACUCUUCAUUGGCGACAAACAGGGACUUUCCCAGAAGCAAACUGUCCAUGUGAGGAUCUGCCCCUGUGCCAGUGGACUCAGGUGUGUGGAGCAUGCGGCUGCAGGAGCAGGGCUUCUUGUGGGGGUUCUGUCCCCUACCUGUACAGCAUUUGUGGCUCUGGCAGUGGCUCUGCUUUUCCUGUUGUGAGACUGUUUUGUGCUUGAAUCCAAGAGGCGUGGAUGCUCAAUCUCCAGUGGUGAAGGCCACCAAACACUGGUUGUGUAUAACGAGGAGAGCAAAGCCACUUCAGCCCAGACAUGGUCAGAUGUUGAAGGCCAGAGGCCGGCUCUGCUGAUCUGCAUGGCUGCAGCGGGAGCCACGCAGGGAGCUAAGGAUCUCCAGGAAGUGCCUCUGUCUGCACCGAGUAGGCCAGCCCAACCAUGCUCUGCUCUGGGAAGUUGGGUGAGUUCCAGAAGGUUGCUCCUUGUGGCGGCCAUCUCACUAGUGACUGACAGUUGGUUCCCUUGAGAGAGGGACCUUCUAGAAGAUUCUGUGAUACUUUCAGAAAAAGGCACAUAGUCAAUGGAAAUCUGAGGAGUUGGGCUUUUCCCACGCAAUUUUAUUUCCAUCUGUAGAAGUAAGUAUUAAUAUUAUUGGUGGUGGCUGUUGUUUUUAUGGUUGUUGGAUGGUCCUGAUCAAAGACAACACUUUUUGGAACAUCCACAAAUAGACACAUUUUCUCGUGUCCUUCUAAGGGCACCAGAGAUCAUCUAUAAAGUUAAGAGCACAGGACUUUGACCAUGACCAAAUUCCAGCCCAGCGACUACAUGUUUCCAGCCAAAGGGAGGCCUGACUUCCUCUCUGUGUGGUGUCUUCAUAUACUCUACAUACAUAUUGCUUUGCUUUGUGAAAUGAUUUUUUUCCGCAAUAAUUUUAGACUAAGUAGAAGUUGCAAAAAUAGUAUGGAGAGUUCUUGGGGGUCCCCAGAGGAUAUCAUCUUAUAUAACCCUACUCCAUGAUCAAACCAGAAAAUGGACUUUGGCACAACACUGUGAGUACAGAUGUCAAUUGCAAACCUUAUUUGGAUCUCACCAGUCUAAGCAGCCAUUAUUUAACAAAAAUUUACUUUUCCAAAAUAGAAUUAAAAAGAGAUAUUCAAGGUCUAAAGAGCUAUGGAAUCACACCCAGUUUUUAUGAGGGAAAGCUUCUAAAAUAAAUUCAAGAUCUCUACAAUUUCAUACUUGUGCACAGACAGCAUCUGAGCAAAGAUGAAAACAUGCUGUUCUUCUUUACACAAAGAUGAUGCCACAAAUCCAUCACGGAAGGGCUCCUGCGUUGAUGAACUUUGGGUUCCAUGUCCAUGCAGCUGGCCCCUCUUAUCCUGGUCUCAGGGUCUCCUGCUCUAAAGGACCCAUAGCACAGGUCUCCUGCUCUAAAGGACCCCUGCUUGGUUGAAUGUUCUACUGUCACCAUCUUGAAAUUCUUAAAAGGGCCUCAUGCUUUCAUCUUGCACUGAGCCCUGAGAGCUGUGUAGCUGAGCCUGGGUCCUAGGAGUGGAUGUGUGUCAUUUGUUUGUAUUCAGGGCAUGGCCAUAGCACAAUGGAAACCUUGGGUGUUCGUGGACUCAAGAUAGAGCUUGCAAAUCUAAUAUCCUCAUGUUCCUUCUUCACAAAACAACUGUAAAACUUGUUCAUGGAUUUCUACUGUGAAUACCUACAUUCAUUAGAAUUACUAUACCUUUAGUACAAAAAUGAAAAGCAAUAUGACUGCAAGAAUUUCUAGUUAUGUAUUUGCAUCCUUUGGUAAUUUAUUUCAAAUCAGUAAAUAUUUCAUCUUUCUUUAAUUUAAGGGUUAUGGAGAGCUCUUUGAGCCAAGAGGUGUGAAAAACACAUAUUCUACUCCCGCUUACCCAGAUUCCACAGUGCACAGACAGCUCCUGGCACCUGUGGAAGAAGGAUGGCUGAGACACUGAGUCAGAUAUAGAGGGCUCCCCUUGUCCUGUGCACUGGCUGUUAGUCCUGCAUCCCUACUGUGCUCCAGGCUUGAUUUGGGAACACUUCCUCCUAAAUCACUGUGUUAGUCAGCUAAGGCUGCCAUAAUAAAGUACCAUACCCUGCCUCGUGGCUUAAAUAACA